AUGCCAGUGCAGUGAGACACAGUCAUAUUCAAACUGGGUUCAGGGACAGUUUCCUGCAGCUCUGCUCUCAGAUCCACCAUGAAGCUGUAUGCGAUUGCUCUCCAGUGUGCUCUGUUCACUUUGGCUGAACAGGCAUCUCGGGAUGAUAGCUGUGUGUGUGAGCUGAGAAAUUCAGAGCAGAGAUUCCCUCAUGACAAACUCAGCACAGUGGAAGACAAUACAUCAGAAUGCAAUAGCAACAUCACCUCACAGAAGACUCUGGAGCUGGAGAGUCUGCUGCUGGGUUUGGAGCGACGCCUGCCCCAGCUGCAGGAAGAUGUGGCAAUACUAGAAAGGGAGAAUGAUGGAGGCCUUUAUGGAGCUCUCAGCCUGCAGGUGAUAGAGAAUGAAAUGAGGGAUAUCAUGCAGCUCAUUGAGAAGCUCAACAGCACCACCCUGGGACACCAGCAGCUCAUAACUGACACCACCCAACAGCUGGAGGACUUCAAAGCACAGAUGGUGGAACUGGAAAAGUAUGACACCAUGCAGGUGGUGAAGAGACAAAAAGCUAACAGGAUUUUGAAGAGGGAUCUGGACCAGUGCAAGAAUGGACUUCACCCCACCAACCAACCCACUCAGCCUACACAAGGCAUCUGCCCCUAUGGUCAGUUUGUGAACAUCACUGGGGCCGUUGUAAACACAGCAGGAGAGUAUCCUGGCUCCUACAAGUAUGGAGCCUGGGGUCGGGAUCCCAAACCGGAGGCAGGGAAGGAGAGUUGGUAUUGGCUGGUAAUGAUGACUUCCAACAACAGAUUCUCAAAUUAUGUCCGUCGCUAUUCCAGCCUGAGCUCUCUUAUUGUUGGAGUGAGCGUCCCAGGUAAUGUCCAGAUCCACUCCACUAACCCAACCACCAACACUAUCCAGGGUCCUAAUGUGGUUAUGUAUGGAGAGGCCCUGUACUACAACUGUUACAACCAAGAUGCUGUUUGUCGAUUCAACCUCACCACCAAAACGGUUACCACCUUACAACUACCUAAAGGCACCAGGUUCGCUGCUCAACUUUGUCUUUCAGUUCAUUCAUAA